AUGAACUUCUAGAAAGAAAGGAGGAAUGUGAUUUUGAUAAUUUACUACAUUUUAGUAUUUUUACACACUUGCAUCUUGGCACACACACCCAAAAAUAGAUAGUUUAUUAAUUAAUAUAUUAAAAGCGUUGUAUUACAGUAUGAAAAGAAUCGGCAAUUGUAAUAAGCUCUUUUAUUUUAAGGGAUCUCAAAAUUGGAUAUAUUUGGAUAAUCGAUCACAUUAAGAAUGAAUAGGCAGAGCUCUUAUAAAACUGUUUUCGGGGGAUGCUCCUCCUUAUUAUUGCUAAUAAUAUUAAUUUUGAUCUUCUCAUCCAAUAUUAGAUCCUUUUUCAACAAGGAAAGUUUAAGUGCAACUGUUUUAACUGAAUUUGAAGAAAUUCCAUCAUUGUCACUAAUUGACGAUUCAUUUUUUUUAUUCGCUGUUCAAAUAGAUUAGGAUAAUUUUUUAUCUAACCCUUUUUACGACAUUAAAAUACAUUAGUAUCAUGUUCAAAAAUUUUUGAAUGGGUCGGUAAUUUAAAUAGAAAAAGAAAUUAAAUUGAUACCUUGUACUUUAGAUCGUUUUAAUAAAAUAUUCUCUUAAUUUGGACGAGACAUGACAGACUAAUUCAACCAAUUUAAAUUAUAUGAUUUUUUGUGCUUCGACUAUAACUAAACAAUUUCAAUUUAGGGAACUUAUUCAAAUUUAGAAUUUGAUUAUUUGAAAAUUCAAGUACAUUAAUGUUCCAAUAAAACAAAUUGUGCUUCAAAUGAAGAAUUACAACAAGAGAUUGAUAAAAAUGGGGCAUUCAAAAUUAAGUUGUUUCCAAUCAAUAAAGUACAUAAUAGAAUCAUUUAGAUUUUAAAUCCCUACAAACCAGAAGAUAAUUAUUUGCAAACAUUUUUGGACGAUUCAUUCUUUUUUAGAUUUCUUCCCUCGAAUAUAUAUAAGUCUGUAGAUCUAUUUAUCAAAGAAUACGAAGUCACCAAUGAUCAAAGCCUAUUUCCUUUUAGUUAUUUGGAACAUUCAUAAUUCUACACACUAGAUCAAUCAGAAAUCAAAGAGAGAACUGAAAUUCAAAAUAAUUCAGUUUAAUCUUAUGUACAAAUCUAGAUCAGGAAGAGUCCUUAUAAAAUUAAAAUAUUUAGGAAAUAUUUGAAAAUAGAUGAAUUAUUAUCCAAUCUAGGAGGUAUUCAAUAGAUCUUCAUUUUCUUUAUUGGGACUAUCUUAACAAUAUACAACAGAUUCCAACUCCUAGUUGAAUUAGCGAAUAAAUUGUAUGAAUUCACUUUGGUAUCUUUUCAAAAAGAGAAAUAUUAUUAAGACAAUUUAGAGUUGGUGAAUUAAAUGAUACAUUAUAAACAAGAUAAGGUGCCACAAUAGGAUAAACCUCGAAACUCUGAUAUAGAUUUGGAGAUAUAGCCUAUGCAUCAAAGUACGAUAAAUUAAAAGUCAAAAAAUGAGUUACUGAAGUUCAGUGAAUAAAUAAGUCCAUAAUCACAAAAACGGAAUCCAUUAAAAUAAUAAACAGAAAAUAUGAUGAAAAAGAAUAAGUUUAUUUAUGAAUAGGAAGCUAUGGCAUUUAAGUUAAACUGUUCAAAUGGAUUAGAAUAUUUCUAAUUAUAAAUUUAAAAUUUAAUUUAAAGAUCAUAACCAAUCUUAAUGACAUUUCAAAUGUUAAUCAAUUUUUUGACUUGCUAAAAGGUAUUUAGACAUAAAAAACAUAUUUAAUUGAUGAACAAAGCUAUAGAUCAAAUCACUGAAUAAAUAGAUCUAUUUAAUAUACUAACAAAACUAAAUGACUUAGAGAAACUUAAAGAAGUGAUUUUCUCUCAGCAACAACUAUUGAUGUUCAAUUUUGCUCCAAAACCUUUGAUAUCCUUAGACAAUACUAAAGAGGUAUUUAAUAGGACAGUGGUUGAAGAAAGAACAAGAAGUAAUAACACUAAAUAGUAAGGGUUAUCUUUAAUUUCAGGGAUGAUACCUCCCAAGAGUUGGAAUCCUUAAAUAAAAUACACUACAAUCUCUAAGCAGAUGCGAAGAUGUAUGCAAAGAUUUAUUCUGUAUUCAUUAUUAAUCUAUUCCAAGGCUUAUGAUGAUGUACUGCAAGAGGCAGAGAAUGAUCAAGACCAGUCUAUUUGUAUAAGUUGGGUGCUGAAGUAUAAACUAUCUUUAAAUUAUCGAAACUUAUAGACUUUCAUUAAAAUCAGAACAACUCCAGAAGGAGAGGGAUGA